AUGACUGAUAUCCUAAACGUCAAGGACGAUCCGAUCUUCGACGAUCGCAUCGUCAAGAUAGAGACUCACACGUACAAUCCGUUUGCCAACACGACGUUCGGGUACAGCGAUGAGAUAAGAAUACCCAUACAGCAACAGGAUCUACGCGUAGUGAUCAACGCUCGUCGCGAGUUGAUUUUAAUACGAGCGCGCAACGACAACAAUUGUCUGAUAGGAGAUUCGACGACAGAGCCGACGCUCGAACUAUUCAAAGUACAGUGGCGAAUGCCGCACGUGUUUUUGAGCGAGAUAAAUAAGCUGUCGAUGCUGCGCGCUUUGGAGAGUGGACGAUAUCUGAGCAUGGCUUUUCGCUCGUGGGAUUUGUACGAGUUUCCGCUCUUGCAGAGCACAACCAAGCAUUCGUGGACCAUCAAGACGGCUAUUCAGCUUGAGAAGCCGCGCUACGUCAUCUUCGCUCUGCAAACUGGCCGAAAAAAUGUCAUGAUCGAGGACAUAAGUCGAUUCGACGAUUGCAAAUUAACCAAUGCGAAACUCUACCUGAACUCGGAAUGUUAUCCGUACGAUAACCUGAAUCUGGAUUCCGAUAAGAACAGAUGUGCGAUUCUGUACGACUUGUACGCGCGUUUCUGCAAGGACUAG